AUGGUUCAAGCAGAAUCAUCCAAAGCUGCUGCCCGCAAUGGCCUUCAUGUUUCAACAGCCGGAGCUCCGCCCGAUUACGAGCUUCCCUGGGUCGAGAAAUACCGCCCCGUCUACCUAGACGACAUCGUCGGCAACACCGAAACAAUCGAAAGACUCAAAAUCAUCGCCAAGGAUGGAAACAUGCCUCAUGUUAUUAUUUCUGGUAUGCCGGGUAUCGGAAAGACGACCUCUAUCCUGUGUCUUGCGCGACAGAUGUUGGGUGAUGCAUACAAGGAGGCUGUCUUGGAGUUGAAUGCGAGUGAUGAGCGUGGUAUUGAUGUUGUGCGGAAUCGGAUAAAGGGGUUUGCACAGAAGAAGGUUACGCUUCCUCCGGGACGACAUAAGCUUGUUAUUCUUGAUGAGGCGGAUAGUAUGACGCCCGGUGCUCAGCAAGCCCUUCGACGUACAAUGGAAAUCUACUCGACCACGACCCGUUUCGCAUUUGCCUGCAAUCAGUCCAACAAGAUCAUCGAGCCGCUCCAAUCCCGUUGCGCUAUCCUUCGUUACUCCCGUCUGACGGAUGGUCAAGUCGUGAAACGUCUUAGCCAAAUAUGUGAAGCUGAAAAGGUUGACUUCUCGGAAGACGGCAUUGCGGCGCUUGUGUUUAGUGCAGAAGGUGAUAUGCGUCAGGCAAUCAAUAACUUGCAGAGUACAUGGGCUGGUUUCGGCUUUGUCAGUGGUGAUAACGUCUUUCGCGUUGUCGAUAGUCCGCAUCCGAUCAAAGUGCAGGCUAUGAUUAAAGCUUGUUGGGAGGGCAAGGUGGACGCUGCUCUGGAUAUCCUGAAUGAGUUAUGGAAUUUGGGCUACUCCUCGCACGACAUUAUCAGUACCAUGUUCCGUGUUACAAAAACCAUUCAAACAUUAUCAGAACAUGCCAAACUCGAGUUCAUCAAAGAGAUUGGUUUCACGCAUAUGCGUAUCUUGGAUGGCGUCGGCACUUUACUGCAAUUGAGUGGCUGUGUUGCGAAACUGUGCAAAAUUAAUAUGAAGCCAGGGCUCUUUGUGCCCAAAUGA